AUGCAGAACGAUGCAGUGAUUUGGCAGGUCAUCAAUCAUGGACACUGUACGUACAAGGUCAAGACCAAGACCCAGAACUUCUGCAGAAAUGAGUACAACGUGACAGGACUCUGCAACCGGUCAUCAUGCCCCCUGGCAAACAGCAGAUAUGCCACUAUUCGUGAGGAGGAUGGCCGCCUGUACCUCUACAUAAAGACAAUCGAGCGCGCACACACGCCCAAGAAUCUAUGGCAGAAGAUCAGAUUGAAGAAGAGGUACAUGGAAGCGCUGGAGCAGAUUGAUGAGCACCUGGCGUUCUGGCCCAAGUUUUUGGUGCACAAGAACAAGCAGCGGCUGACAAAGAUCACCCAGUACCUCGUACGCAUGCGCCGCCUCGCUCUCAAGCCCCGCCCCAAGCUUGUCACGCUCCCUGCCAGGACGGAGAAGAGGGAUGCCAGGAGGGAGGCCAAGGCGUUGACGGCUGCCAAGCUGGAGACCAGCAUCGAGCAGGAGCUGCUGAACCGGCUGAAGCAGGGCACCUACGGCGACAUCUACAACUUUGACCAGAAGGUCUACGAGAGGGUCCUGGAGGCCGCCGAGGAGCCGGGCAGCAGUGGGGGUGACGAGGAUGGCUCUGACGAGGAAGCUUCCUCCAGCGAGGAUGACGAGGCGGCCGGGCAGGGCCAUGACAGACCGGCCCAGGGCAAGCGCGGCGCCGCGGCGGCCGCCGGGGGUCGGGGUGCUGCGGGCGCUAAACGGCGGCGGCCGCUGAACAUAGAGUAUGAGGUGGAGCAUGAAGCUGAGAGGGCGGGGAAUGCGCGCCAACAGGCUGCCUGGUGA